AUGCCAAGCCAAAUCAUCCCCUACACCAUCAAACCCACAACCCUAAUCCCCAACUCCCCCAAGCCCCUCCUCCUCUACAAGAACUGCUUCAUCCGAGACGGAAAAGUCGACGCAGCCCUCGCAUUCAGCACCUUCCAACACAACGGCUGGGACGCCCAAUGGGUAACCACCUACGGCCACCACCAGCGAUCCCACUACCACCCAGCCACCCACGAAGUAAUGGUCGUGCUGUCCGGCCCGGGCAGAAUCCGCUGGGGCACCGCCGACCUAGGCGACGACCCCGAAAAGCACACCUACGGGACUGCCUACGAGGACGGCGCGCUCUUCACGGACGUCGAGGCCGGCGAUCUGUUCGUCAUUCCGGCGGGUGUGGCGCAUAAGUCGUAUGAUCGAAAUUCGCUGAUUUCCGAUGCGCAGUGCUUGACCGGAGGGGAUGCGCAUCGGAUCGAGGCGGAGGAUCCCGCGGCGUUUGUGGGGAAGCUGGAGGUGUCUGGGUUUACUAUGAUGGGGGCGUAUCCGAGGGGGAUGACUUGGGGUUGGUCGGAAGGGGGAGCCGACGCUGCUGGGUUUGAGGCUGUGUGGAGGGUGAAGGAUGCGGAUUUGGAUCCGGUUUUGGGGGCGCGGGGUGGCAUUGAUGCUUAUUGGAAUAUUCGCAGUUCAGUCUUGUAG